AUGCUUGUCGAAGAGACCAAAUCAGUUCAAAAGGAGAUUGAGAUUUUGGUGAAAAAGGCUUUAGGUCCCAUUCCCAAUGAAGAAGAGGAGAAAGAUGAAGUAAUUGAGGAUAUUACUUCUGAUAAGCCAAAUGCAGAAGAACUUCCUAAAGGUGUAAAAAUCAUAGACUUUGAACUAGACAACAAGUAUAUGCAAGAUGAUCCUAGUGAUACUGAAUCUGUAUAUAUAAUAGAUGGUGAUACUAGUGAUGCUAAUAAUGUUGCUAACACUACUGAUAAUGUAGAUGUUUUUGAAGUUGAUGUAAAGAUGUUUGAUGCUCAGCAGGAACAAGUUGAGAACAAAGGAGAAGAGAAAGAAGUAGAAAAAAGCUCAACUGAGCAACUAGUGAGUGCACAGUCAAUAGAGACUCAGACUGCACUAGUCAAUGCAAGUGCAAAUGCAAAUGUAAAGGUUUCUACUAAAGAUAAUCAAAAGGAUUCAGUUGAUAAGGAAGAGGAAGUACCGGGGACAGAACAAACUAUUGAAAAUCCGCAACCGGUCAAAGACACCACUAACAAAGAGGAGACAAUAAAAGAUGAGGAAGAAAAGAAAAAAAAGAAGGUGGAAGACGAGAGGAGAAUAAAGGAAAUAGAAACAUCUCUUGAGGUACCUCCUAAACCCAAACUGAAGAAAACAAUAGUUGAUGAUGAUGAUGAUAAUGAAUCCAUGAGCAUAAAAGGUCCUAUUAAUAUGGACAAUUUGAGUUAUUUAGAGUUAAUGCAGAUUGCUACUACAAUGCAAUCCUGGGCACAAAAAAAAUAUUGA